AUGCCUAUCAAUUUGCCUUACGGUCUGAGUAUUGAUAUUGACAAAUUAUGAUCCUCAGACUCCAAGCUGAAAUACCUAUGAAGUCACUCUAUUCGUAAAAAUGCAGCCAAUGCCAAGUGUUUCGUUUUCAGAGUAAAUGGCAGGUUUUGCUAUGCUAAUGCCAAGCUUGAGAUUACUCCCAAUAUUAAUAAUCAGUCCUUAUCGCUUUUCCGGGAAUGGGAAAAUGGAGGAGACGACGUUGCAGAAUGGCAAAAAAAAGCUGAAAAAGUUACCACAUAUUUAAAAUCCCAUUUUAAGCCUUGGACAUCUAAAGAAGACAGAAAGAAACUUAAAUUAUAUGUCCCAGAGGCAAUUCUUAAAGACCAAAAUUCUGUGAGAAAGCUGUUUAGGACUAUUCUAGGACGAGAUAACAGAUUAUACAGCUUAUUUGAGCCGAUCAGGCCUCGAGUUCCACUGAUUUUUUAUAUUGCUGACAAGUUCAAGUCACCUCUAUGUGAUUUUUAUUACCAAAUCUUCAGCGGCUACCAUUCUGUUAAAGCAGAAUUUGACGCAUUGCCUCCCCAAAUUAUUGAGACCUACCGAAAAGCCUACAAACUAGACAAGCUCCGCUAUGAAUCAGAAGUCAUGAAAUGCUCAAACGUAAAGUACCUUAAUUUCUUAUCUGACGGCCUCUCCCCCGCCGAAGUCUAUAAAAGCUACACAGGCCCUCUCAGCGCCCAAAGCGAAAACUGCAUAGUCUGAAAAUUUUCUUUAUUUCUUUCUAUAAAAAUUGAGAACCUUAUUGACGCUUUAAUUGUAAACUUAAAAGAAUUCAAUUGAUGCGGCUAUCAUAAUAUGAAAAAAGAGCAAGUUCUGCAGUACGCAAUCAAUAAAUUCAUAAAAAAUUAUCCUAACAACGAAAAUGAGCAGAUAAUGCAUUAUACAGUAUGCUUAGAAUUAGUGCUUGAAAAUUACCCUGAACUGUGCAUAAUAGAGCAGUCAAUUUUGCAUUUGGAAUCAUGAUGUGAGGCUGAGGACGACUCUAUGGAAAUGAUAGACUUUGCAAAUAUGUCGCUGUCUUCUCCUUAUAUGUGUGCAAAGCUAGGGCGAGGAAUUAAAGCAAAAUUGUAUGAAAUUGAAGAUAUUCUGCUUAAAGGGAGCUGCACGAAAUACUCUCUUUGGGUCGAUGACUAUAAGUUCAUUCUUUCGAAUAUAAUGAAUAUCACUGAGUUGCCAGAGCCAGAUAAUAAUCAUCCUAUUAUAAUAUUAUAAUCAUUUUUUCCUAUUUUUUUGAAUUUAAGCCCAAAAAUUUUUUAUUAAUUUUUACUGAUUAAGAAAAUAAUAAUCCCUCAAUACCCCUGAAUUAA